AGCUCUGGCGUCAGCGGAAGCCUCCGGACCAGCUCUUGGAAUGCUGCAAUUGCGCUACAACGAACGACGGCGAUCGAUCUUGCAGACACGACCAUGACGAUUGUCGCGAGCUGCUGCGGAGCUGCGAGGUUUUCCGGAGCUGGCCGGGCUCUUGUUUCAUUGGGAUGACAGCCCAGUGUCCUCGGGGGAUGAUGGUGAGGUUUUUUUUGGAGCCGCGAAUCGGAGAAUGGAGCUGGAGGGAUGGGCAUCUUGGCGUUUCGGCUUCUCGCUUUCCUCUCGAUUAAAUGAUUCUCGCGUGAAGGCGGAAUCGCCCUAGCUACCGAAUCUAAUUUAUGGUUUUGCCUCGAGUGGACAGUUCUGGAGCAUCGAUGGUUCAGUCUGUGAUGAGUACGAGAGUUCAUGAGUGAAAUUUGAAGGUCUGGAUUCGCGACCAGGAGGAUUCUGCUGACGGACAAAAAUUCCUCUUUUUGAGGAGGCUUAAUUGUAGAAUGCGGUAUGCUGCAGGGCUUUGAGGUUUUAAUUCGCGUAAUUGAUUUGAGGAGCUGAGGGACCUGGCCGUCAAUUUUCUCGCUGCAGAGCGGGUCGUGAGGCAUACGGGGACGAUGAGGAGGGGUGUCAGUCUUCGAGGUGUAUCUGGUUCUUCAAUUUUGAUGUCUCCUCGGUGGCGGGUUUUGGGCCCUGAAGGAAAUGCAGGAUUAAGAACGGCAAUUAGCUUCAUAGGAGCUGGAACUUUAGGCGCUAUAUUAAUAUUCAAGUGUGCUCCAAAACUCAUUUUGGGGAGGAGUUUGAAUUCUGUUUCAAAAAUUGGAGCCACCAGCUCGAGUCCAGUCGAAAAAAUGUGGACCGUACCAGGUCUGCAGAACACUGGGAACAAUUGCUUUUUGAAUGUUAUACUCCAGGCAUUGGCAAGUUCACAGGCAUUAUUGAACUUUAUGGACAGAUGUGCUGAAUUGAUUACAGAAGCAGAAACCAAGUGUCAAAUGACAGGCAGCGUUGAUAAAGUAUCUAUGCCGUUAGCUGUUGCAGUAGCUUCUCUAAUGAAAGACCUUUCUCAGCUUGGUAAUGUUCAACGGACUUCAAGUCCUUGCCCAGUUAUGCGGGCACUCAGUCUAUACGUGCAACAUUUCGAUCUAGCGUCUCAGCAGGAUGCAGCUGAAGCACUGAUCCAUUUGGCUUCGGCACUACAAGAAGAGCGUGGAAAUUAUCUCAAGUGGUUGAGGCCCACAUUACAAUCCUUCGUGAAAGCUCCUGGUUUCAGCGAGGCAUGCGAUUCUACACAUGGUAGACUUGAAUGUAACAGCGUGAAGGGAAGUGAUCAACUGCUGGAUUCUUGGAGAGGGCGCUCCUGGCCUUUGGAGGGAACAAUAGCCAGCUCUUUGACUUGUCAGCGAUGUGGAUAUCAAUUUUCAACCCAAUUCCAGUCUUUCAACGACAUAACUGUUACACCUUCAUACGAUCGAGAAGGAAACAUGUCAAGAGGCUGCACAUUAGAAAGCUGCUUGGAUCACUUUACACGACCAGAGUGGGUGGACAGUGUCAAGUGCAGCAACUGCUCUCAUAAAUCUGCUCUUUUGUCGAUAUUUUUGAAAUCUGGAGAACCGAUGAUGACAGCAGCAGCUGCGAGCCAUACGAGUAACCGCAAGGUGUCUAGGAGCAAGGUUACGUAUAUCGAGGAAUGUGGAUGUGAUGAAGACUGCAAUUGCGAACUUCUUACUGCGGAAGAAGGAGGGGUUUGGAGAAAUGUAUAUACAAAUGCCUCGAAGCAACUCAAAAUUGGUCGGUGUCCCGAGGUUCUCUGCUUCCAGAUUCAGCGCGUGGUAAUAGGCAACGAUGGAACUAUGAAGAAGCUUACGGGUCAUGUAAAUUUUCCGAGGAUUUUGGAUAUGUUUCCUUAUACCGUCGCUGCAAAAGAGAGUGUCCCCCUUAGUAGAGGAGAUCAUGAGGAAUCCAUGCAGUCAAGAUCAUCUCAAUCAUCAGUCGCAAACCACUUCGCCUUUGUGAAUAAAACUCUGCCUCAUUCAGAGAUAAGCUGCAAAGGAGGAGCAGACUUGGGCCACCCUACGGCCGAAACUUGCGAGACAUUGAAUUCAGAUGGGAAGGAAGGCGCUGGAGAGGAGAGGAGUGCCACAAGAAUCGUCUCAGAAGCUCGUACUGGAAACACUGAAACUGAAUUUUCACCUGCUUCAGGUCUGUUGUUGGGUAGUGUUCAUACGCUGAAUCCAUCUGAAAAAGAAGAGAAACUGAGCGGGACGCUUGCUUCAGAACCUGUCGAUGUGAUUGGCGUUCGAAGUAGGACUGACGAAGAAUCAAAUCUUCCAUGUGUCAAUAUCGAUCCUGCAUGUCAAGAACUACCUGAGGAAGGAGUAUUUCCAGUAUAUAGUCCUGCUGUGGAACUUGUAACUGAAAUUCAACCUGCUAGAUACGAGGAGUCGAGCACGCAGCCUAUGUCUGAUAUCUACGUCAAGAAAAACUCUUCUAGCGAUCUGCUUUUGCGCAACGAGGAGGUCUCAAAUCAUGAUAGCGAGAUUGUAGACGAAGUCAAAUCUUUUGACCGUUUUUCAACAACAAACGGAGGUAUUAGCUUAUCGACACUAAAUCUAAACGUCGCGGAAUCUGUCUACUCCCACUAUACUCCUCGGGUGCUUCCUUCUAUUCUACAGCAACUAUCGUCAUUUACGAUACCAUAUGAAGGCCAGCAAUUGUCUGCGGGUAUUCAUCCAUACUCUAAGAAGUUGCCAGGUUUGCCUAGCAUGUCUAAGGGCUCCUCCAGGCUGACGCCUAGAGGUUACAAGUAUGCCAGAAAGCUGCCCUAUGAGCUUGUAUCUGUUGUCGUACACCAAGGAGGACCUCAAAAUGGACAUUAUAUUGUAUACAGAAAGGCGAGAUUGACUGGGACCAAAGAAAAGUCCUUGACUAAAGAAUCAGUGUCACUUAAACAUCCCACAGCCGACGGAGGAGGUGAUACACGCGAAAGCAUUGUAUCCGGAAAUAAAUCUGUCUCAGAACCACAACUCGCUGUGAAGGAGCCUGCUGCAGAGGGCGCCAGAUUGCAGUCAAUUUAUGGUCAGUUGAUCGAACUGGAGUCUUUACCUGACAUUACGUCGAGCAAGAGAUUUGAACCCUCUAAAAGUAGCGUUCAGAUUUCGAAUGAUUGUGGACUGUCCAAGGACGAUCUGCUUCAUUGUGUCAGUACGCCUGAUUAUUCUCAAGUACAACCGAAAAGAGCGGCCGUAUCGGAAGACUCCACAAGGUGCAUUGGAAAAUCUGGUAGAAGGGAUGAUGGCAGUGUUCUCUGGUUUAGAGUGUCUGACACGAACGUACAAAGAGUGCAUGAACAGGAGGUUUUUGGUGCACACGCCAGCUUGCUGUUUUACGAACAACUGUGAUGCAUGACAAGGCCGAUGAGAACGGCUCUUGCCUUGUGAUAAAUUAGAUGUAGUGAUCAUAGAAUCAUGAAAGAAACGAUAUGAUGUGGGCCACCUUGACUUAGAGGUGAAACACUGCUACCAGGUGUGCUUACUUUCUUUCGAAAGAUCAAACGUAUCCUCGAAAGUAUGCACUUCUGACGCUUUGCUCUUCUUUUAGAAACUCUUUCCACGUUGUCAUUAGUACCCUGUGAAUAUAUCUGCUAUUUAAAUCAAUCAUACUUCAGAA